AUGUCUCGUGCAAAACCGAUGUCCACACUUACUACACACAAAUAUCACUCCACUUCCAUCUCCAUCUCCAUCUCUAUGCCUACCUCCAUUACUAUGCUCCUGAACACCCUCACAUCUCGGAUUCAGACAAUCCGUAAAGUUCUCCAGAGCUCCGAGUGGGACACAAGUUACCAGGUAAUCGCAGCGCUCGAACGUUUCGCGUCUUGCGAGCCGGCGGGUAUCGGCGUGGGAGAGUAUUUCCGGGCAGCUUGGGUGCGUGCAGCGGAGUUGGUUUGGGUUCGCUGCUGUGAUGGGCGGGAAGUCAUCGAUGGGAAGGGGAACGAGACAGCCGAUGCAGUCUUUGGUUUCUUGCUGUGUCAAGGUCUAGGACCAAGCGGAUGGAUUGAGGUGUCGUGGACGAGGUCUUCGAGGAAGCCGAGCACUUCGAGGUCUGGAAGUGUCGGGAGUUCUAGAGGCUGUGGAGCGCCUGGAAGGCAAAGUUGCUGGCCGCGAAGUGGCCAAAUUUCAAAUAUCUUGUUCGUUCAAACGAGAGGGGCGGGGUCAGGUUGUGGAGGUGUGUUGCUUCGAGACGGCGUCGUUGGGGACGACGAGUUGACUCACGCGAGGGGCUUGUUGGUGGUAGAAGUCGUCAGCUAUUCGGUCAGCAAUAUCGAAACGCACGUUCACGUUGCGACACAAGAGGAAUCCGUUCUGGGACCGUGCCUGUCAUAUCCCAUGUUGGUUGAUAUUUCAUCGUAA